AUGAUCACACUCUUCCCCGCCACUGCGCACCUGCCGGAAUAUAUUGACAAAUCUGCAGAAUAUAAAGGCAAACACCUCCUUUCUGCUCUGGGCACACCUUCAGGUAAGAAGGAUACCACCAAAUCGCUGGUCGAUCUCAUCCUUUUGCUUCCCAACUUUGAGCUACAGAAGAGAAUUCUUAACGAGUUGUCUAUAUCUCAGUUAAUUGCCUUCCUGGUGGGAUUGGUGAAAGACCCCGAAAAUACGCAUGAGUUCCGGGAUUUGCAUACUUUGAGCGAAAAUGGAGACAGGCUCUAUAAAACAAUUGUGCAACUUCUCAACACUUUCCCAUGCAUUAAGUUAGUGGAUGAACUGGUACCAUGCCGAGAUGAUUCUUUUACUGAUAGUCUCCAGGAGGUGGCCGAGGCGAAGUUGAAUGACCAUCAAAACGGACAUUCUGAUCCUGUUGAAAAAGCCACAACUGAACUCUUUCCUGCAAAUAAUCCUACAGAUUCCGCUCAUUUCGACGCCAUAAAGACUGCUUUUGCUGGUACUGCUGCUGCCUCUUCUUCUUCUUCUUCCUCUGGUGCUGACGGCUUGUACGUGGAUGAUCCAUUUGAUGAUGACGACGAUGAACUUCAGAAUGCAGCCUCAUGCAAAUACCAACUUUCAGUCCUAUCCUCUGAGUAUCAUUGGCUUCUUGAAUAUCUUAUGAAUGGUUCCGACCGGGGCAUAAUGUUGCCAUUGGUCGAGAUUAAAACACGCCACUUAAACAAAAUUGGUGAACUUAUAAAAAGAUUCACAAGUGCUGUUAAAAUAAACAAUAGACGCCUCACUAUGCUUGGCUCUUCUGAUAGUGUGCUCCGAAAGUUGCGCGUCGUGACAUUGUCGAACUACGAGAAUCUUGAUACCAUUCAAAAAUGCGAUUGUUGCCAGAAAUUGAUUAUCUAUGGUAAUGAGAUAGAUAUGAGUGCCGUAUCUACUCUUGUGAGAAAGAUCCCUUCAUUGAAGCGUAUUUACUACAAAGGAUGUGUAGGACGAAAGGACAAACCGCUAGUGAAAUUGGACAAUGGAACCAAUCUGUUCGACUUAAUCAUGCUUGAGGGUGUUGAUUACGAGCUACUUGAAACAUAUGGACUCCAGAACUUUCGAGGUUUGAGCAUACAUAUAUUGGAUGAUACAGAAUCCAACUCAAAUCUUACCGAAGACACUACUAAAAAUAAGAACUCUUACCCUAAUCUUGAUUACUUGCUUCACAAUCUACCUAAUCUUGAGACGUUCGACCUCAAUUGCCUUUUCGAUGAUCACUUUAUUGAUGCGGCCCUUCACGUGGGCAGCCAGACAAAGAAUAAAAAGUUGAGAAAUCUUACAUUGAGCCGAUGCAAGUUCAGCGACUCUUCUGAUUUCAAGGGGUUUGAAAGUCUUGAAUAUUUAAAAUUGAUCGAUUGUUCUCUAAGCUCAGGUCUUUUAAGCACCUUAAACAGUUGCAACACACUUUACCAAAUUGCAUUAGUUAACUGCGAGAUUGAGUGGGAUUGUGUGCUCCGACUUCCUUGCAAUUUACGAAAACUAACGUUACGGAACAACGAUGUUGAAAAAUGCAAGAACUUACUCUUUAUUUCUUAUUCUCUUCCGACCACAAUAUUUGAUGCGGGUGCUGAUAUGGACAGGCUAAUAACUUUGGAUCUUAACUCUGAGAAGCAAUACUUUAGAGUCGAGUCAUCCAAUAUAUUAGCUGUAUAUAAGCCCGUCAGGGAUGUUCAUGUCCAUUUUCCCGAGAACAUGUCUCAUCUCAGCCUUGCCAAUUAUCCAAACUUUGAGUCGAUAGAUUUAUCCGGUGUUUCUCCUGACGAAUUCAAAUUAUUGAAAGUCGUUGAUGUCAAUGUCUAUGCAUAUGGAAAUGCUUGGCACAAACCAAUCCACUUACCUCUGGAGAAUAGCAUCAAUUAUAAAAUGAAAUACGUGAAUGUCAACCGGAUUGGUAAAGAGCCACCUAAAUUGAAGGGCUUUCUUAAGAUCAGUUCAGAAGAGUUGUUUUUUGAGAGCGCAGAGAACGACAGUGAUAUCUGCAUGUCAUCUUCUUCCGAUGGCGAGAGAUCUGAGACGAAUAGUAGAAGAAGAGGACGUGGACGGAGAGGGAAGAAAUCUCGUGCUAGGGGACGGAAGCCUGGACGUAGAUCCAGUAAGGUGAACGAGAUGGUCAGCGAAGCAGAUGUUUCAGUUUCUGACGGUAAAUAUGUCGACAGAAAUAGUGAGGACUUGAGCGUUUUUCAAAGUGGAUAUCAAGGAAGGAGGUUACCUUUUCCAGUUGCAAAGCACACUGCUCCUCCUAUGGCUAGUCCAGACGAUCCCACGAAACCCUAUCAAUGCAGAUUUUGCAAGCGCUCCUUUGACAGAAGAGAGAAUUUCAGAAGACACUCAUUGAUUCAUACAGACUAUCGGCCAUAUGUUUGCCCCAAGUGCAAAAAAGGAUUCAAAAGAUCGGAUAAUCUGCGGUCUCACAUGCGUGUGUGCCAUGCUGGCAUCACCUUAAGCAAGGAAGAGCCCAAGAGAAGUGGUCCGAAGUUGGAGAAUUCAGUUACCAAGAAGCUGAGAAUGAAACGAGGAUACGGGAGCUUUAGAUUCGAGCCCACCAAAUUGCUUUCUGCUACUCUUACACCGAAUCCUGCGUUCAGCAAGCAACCAUUGGCUACACCACCACCUAGUAACAGUGGAAAUAUUUCUAUGUCUCGGGCUGCAACUCCACCUACUAAGUUGAAGAUGUUCUCUUUUGUUCCUGUAGUGGAGAAGCUCAAUAUGGCUUCUUCUGUUCCUCCUGUUGUUACCGCUGCUCCACUUUCUCCUAUUCCUCCACCUUCUAUUGAACCUACAGCCGAUACAACAACACCCACAGUUUCGACAGUUUCUACGGCUUCUGCGGUUUCUACUGCAUCUACCAAUAAUGCAGAUACUCCUAAGGUCGUAGGUCCUGCAUUGCUUGGUAUCGACAAACAGGAGCUAUCGGCAUCUACUUUACCACAGCUUCUCCCAACAUCUCCUAGGAAGCCUCCUGACCAUCCUCAAAAUGUUCUCGUUUUCCGAAUGGAGAAACCACAAGAGACUCUGGCGAGACAAAGAAGAGAGGUUGAAAGAAAGGAGAGACUUAGAAGCCACCCGAACGAACCGGAAUCAAUUGGGCCCUCUACAGAACAGAUGGAGAAUCGAAGAGGCGUCAUCAGGCAGAGGGUUAAUGUAGCAUUUACAAGAUGUGCCCUAACUGAUGAAGGACAUUUUGUGUGUUAUAAAUGUGGAAAGAAUUUCGCCAAGAGAGGCAACAUUAAAAGGCAUUUAAUAUUACAUUUGGAUGUUGAUCUGUACGAUUGCAUUUGUGGAAGAACAUUUCAAAGGUCAGACAACUAUAAGACUCAUUUUGCUAAAUGCAAGCGGAGAAAAGAGAUGGGACUGCCUAUGUCACUUGAUGCCGAAGAUAUGCAGGUUGUUCGCAGACGGCGUCGCAGAGAUACAUCCGGUACUCCUGAAAAUGGUACUGGAAAUAGCUCUGAUUUUGAGGACGAUAUAAACACUGCAAAUGCCAGCGAGGACAACGACUCGACUGCUGCUACGGCCGUGAGCUAUGCUCGAUGUAUGGGCAUCAUGCCUAAUAGUAACAUAAAGAUAGAGGCAUCUUCUUCUUUGUCCAGUCCUUUGAUGAGUGGUGACAGCAGUCCAAACAUCAGUUCAAUCAACAAAACGCUUCUGAAUAGUGCUCCUCAAAUCGCGCUUGUUCCUACUGCACCGGCCCCUUUGAGCUUACCUUAUCCUUGGAGAUCUGAUACUGUUAGUAGCGUUACAUCUACCCCUCCUGUCACGUCUUCAGUGGUACCACAAUCCUCAUCCUCAUCCUCUCCUUCUUGUUUACCAAAUAUUGUUGGUGCGGUCAUUUCUCCUUCCACUGUUGCCUCUGCUACUGCAAUUGCUCAAACUGCCAUCACCGCGAACAGUGUUCAAGCUUCUGCCAAUCUUCCUCCUAUAAAAAAGUCUUCAGUUGUCAAGCCUGAUUCCAAAUCCGUUGUACUUCCACCUGUCGUUGAUUCCGAUCUACGCGUAUCUAAACAACCACAAGUAGAACCAGCUGAUCAGAAAGUGAAGGCACCGCAAGUAUAUGGUCCAGACGAAGUACUACCGGCUGAACAGCUUGAUGCACUCCCGGAUGUUAAUACUACAAUUUCCAAAGACGCCUGA